UUGGUCUUGGAGCAAAUGGACUCUACAUUGAAACCGGACGACAGACACAAGAUCGCUGCCAAAAUGGCGACUCCCAUGCACAGAUUGAUCGCACGUAGACAAGCGGAGGCUAACAAACAACAUGUUCGCUGUCAGAAAUGUCUGGAACAUGGCCACUGGUCUUAUGAGUGCACAGGGAAAAGAAAGUACCUUUAUAGACCUUCCAGGACAGCGGAGUUGAAAAAGAAAUUGAAAGACAAAGAAAACAACGCCUCAAAUGAGACGGGACCUGGAAUAGUAUCACAGACUGAGAAAACGACAAAGAAAAAAAGGUCCUCCUCCAGUUCCAGUGGUAGCAGCAGUGAUUCCUCCAGCUCUUCCAGUGACUCUUCCUCAGACAGCAGCGAUUCGUCCAGCUCCUCAUCCUCAUCUGAAGACAGCAGUAGUGACAGCGAGGACAGUUCCAGCUCAUCUUCCUCGUCCGCUUCCUCCAGUUCUGACUCUGAUUCAGAUUCCUCAAGCAGUUCCGACCACGGCCCACCAAAAAAGAGAAAAAAGAAGAAAUGAGGCCCCAGUUUAUCUAAUUCAAACACGGAACUCAUAUCACACACUGACUUUACUGACAACAGCCUGGUAUAGUUACAGUACCCAUACAAAGUUUUCUUUCUCUGCCUCCUUUCUUUCUCUAGUACAUGUAUUCAGACACAGGAUAUGAGGGCAGUGGUAUCUCAAGACUAUAAAUUAUAAUGCAGUCACACUUAAUUCAUUUACACUGACACAUGUUGUUUUAUUAUACUUCCUAUUGACCAUAAACAAUCCAUUUCUGAUUCUCUGUAGUUAAGGUGUGCAUUAUUUUACUUGUAUGACUGCAAACAGAUAUUAAAUGGGUACAUACUGAAAGGGGCUUGGACAAUCUUUUAAGAACAAUGGUCUUCUGAAAUAAACAGAUUUAAAUAAAAAAGAAUAACAUGA